AACACAUUUCCUUCUGAGAAAACACAAUACACCAAAAAAAUGAAAGUAUUGGGUGUUUCUCUCCCCAUCCCAACACUUUUAACUCUCUUCCUUUUGCUUCUGAUUCAGCCUCCGUUCACAGCAGCACACAAAACCACCUCCAUUUCUUUAAUAACAAAAACUUGCAAUCGCACCAAAUUUCCCCAAAUCUGCAUAUCUACGUUGGAGUCCGACAAUCGCAGCUUCACUGCCAAUCUCUCCAGCCUCUGCAGGAUCGCCACACAACAGUCCGCGGCCAAAGCUAAUAUCACCUUGUCAAAAGUCACUGAAUUGCUAAAAAAUUCAACAGAGUAUGGAAUUUGGGAAAGCCUCCAAGUCUGUCAAUAUGUUUACAAUCAAAGCAAUUACAGAAUCGCCAAUGAGGGAGUCCCCGCGAUUCAUAGAGGGGAUUUCAAGACUGCCCACCAAAUGGUUGGUUUGGUUAAUAAAGCUGCUUCUGAUUGUAAUGAAACUAGGCUUGAGAUUUUGAGCCAAGACAACACACUGUUGUUUAGGCUCACUGUUGAUACCAUGGCCAUGUUGCAUUUGCUUUUCUGAUAUACUUUUAUAAGUAGGAAUGGUCAUUAAUAAAAACUGUAUGUACUCUUUGUUAACUACAUACAGUGAACUUUUUUUCUCAAUAUUUCUAGUUGUUGUUAUUAUAUUUUUCAAUUUCACAUUCAUCAUUCUGUGAUGAGUGGUUAGCCUUUGGAGUCAAGUUUAAUUUCA